ACCAUACAUGGAGUAGGUACCUAGUCAAAUUGAACGAAGCAGUAAUUAAUGGUGGAGAAGGAGGAGAACAGAGCACAGGGAAAUGGAAAUGGAGGAGAUUAAAAUACUUGUAGUUCCAAUAAAUAAUAAAAUGAUGGGAGAAGAGAAAGAAACGAAGAAAAGAAAGUCAGACUAAGAAUUCAAAGAUACAAUGGUAAGAGCACCACGUUAUGCAGAGUAGAGCCUGAAGGCAAUUGCAUGUGCCCACAUGGCUUAUUGUAGCUGGACACAAGAACAAUAACUCUCUCCUUUCCUUUUAUUUCUUUUUCUUUUUAACCUAUGCACAGGGCUGUCACUCAGUUUCUUUAGAGAGAGAAAGGGAAAGUAAAGGAAAGGAAAACAAAACUUUUUUUUACAUAAAAUGAAGGAUAGCAGUGAUGGGUUUGUGAGAGCAGAUCAGAUUGAUCUAAAAAGUCUAGAUGAACAAUUGGAGAGGCAUCUCAAUAGAGUGUUAACUCUUGAAAACAAGAACAAGAGAGAUGAUGAUGUUGUUGUUUUUGAUGCUGCUAAUCUCUCAUCUACUCCUUCCAGCACUAAAGUCACCCCUUUCAAGAAGCAGAGGCAGGAAUGGGAGAUCGACCCUACUCUGCUCGCCAUCAAGACUGUCAUUGCACGUGGUACCUUUGGCACUGUCCACCGUGGCGUCUAUGAUAGCCAGGAUGUCGCCGUUAAAUUGCUUGACUGGGGUGAAGAGGGUCAAAGGACAGAGGCUGAGAUUGCAGCACUAAGGGCAGCUUUUACUCAAGAAGUUGCUGUUUGGCAUAAGCUUGAUCAUCCCAAUGUUACUAAGUUUAUAGGAGCGACGAUGGGCUCGGCAGAUCUGCAAAUACAAACCGCAAAUGGUCAAAUUGGGAUGCCAAAUAAUAUAUGUUGUGUAGUUGUGGAAUAUCUUGCUGGAGGGGCCCUGAAAUCUUACCUUAUAAAGAACAGGAGAAGAAAGCUAGCUUUCAAAGUUGUUGUUGAGCUGGCACUUGAUCUUGCAAGAGGGUUAAAUUACCUUCACUCACAGAAGAUUGUUCACAGAGAUGUAAAGACUGAAAACAUGCUAUUGGAUAAGACACGGACUGUAAAAAUUGCUGACUUUGGUGUUGCUCGAAUUGAGGCUUCAAAUCCUAAUGAUAUGACUGGGGAAACCGGAACACUCGGAUACAUGGCUCCUGAGGUUCUCAAUGGCAAUCCAUAUAACAGGAAAUGUGAUGUGUACAGUUUCGGCAUCUGUUUAUGGGAGAUAUAUUGUUGUGACAUGCCUUAUUCUGACCUUAGUUUCUCAGAAGUAACUUCAGCUGUGGUCCGCCAGAAUCUAAGACCAGAGAUACCAAGGUGUUGCCCAAGCUCUCUAGCAAAUGUAAUGAAGCGUUGCUGGGAUGCUAACCCUGACAAGCGCCCUGAGAUGGAUGACGUUGUCUCCAUGUUGGAGGCCAUUGACGUAUCAAAAGGUGGGGGCAUGAUCCCUCCUGAUCAACAGGGUGGUUGUUUUUGCUUCCGCAGGAAUCGAGGCCCUUGAAGGAUAUGAACAGUGAUGUAUUGUUUAAGGUUUUUGUAGUCCAACGUAAACCUUGGAGUUAAAGGAGAUAUAAUAUAUCAAAUGGGGGAGAAUGAUGAUGGUGGAUAUAGGUGGAGGAACUGUAUUACAUCUAACUUUAUCGAGGUAAUGUUCUUUAUUUUGCUGCUCUAUUCUUGUAAUAUUUUUUAGGGUGGUUUUCGAACGUGUAUUUACUCAAAUUGCCUCGCAUGCUAGACUGGACGAUUACUUCAUGCAUAAGGUCUAUAAAGCUAUUAACUAAUAUCAAUGUUAAAACCCAGUUAAUUA